UUUCACAACUUUCAUUUUCUCAAACAAAACAAAAUCUUCACUGCUCUGAUCCAUCUGCAACUCAUUCUUCAUUUCUCUCAUUUUACCACAAGACAAAAUCAACAGAAGAAGAAGAAGAAACAAUGGCUUCAACAGCUCCCACUAAGAAAACAACUCAAUCCCACUUCUCUGCUCUUCUCCUCUCUGACUUUUUUCUCUUCUGCUCUUUCAUCUUCUCUCACCCUCUCUACCUCUCUUACUUCAUCUUCUUCUCCCCUUACCUCUUCAAGCUCCUCUCUUUCCUCUCCCCUCUCUUCAUCACCACCUCUCUCCUCCUUCUUACUCUCUUCACCACUCUCUCCCCAACCCUCCUCCUUCACCAUAAAUUUACAGGAGAUCAUCUGUCCGACUCCAAGGUUGAAGAUGACAAUGGAGAUCAUUUCUUUGAAGCUUACAAGAUCGUGUUUGAAGCAUUCAGAGACAACCCAAAUGAAGUUCCCUACCCUGAACACACUAGUGACUCCAAGACAGCAGUUGCAGAAACUGAUGAAAAUUACCAGGUUGAAGAAAUUACAGUAUCGAAGAUGGAUGAGCUGAAUAAUAUUGUAGGAGAAAAGAGCUUACUAGACUUGUUCUUAGAAAGUCAAAAGUGCCAAAAAGAAGAAGAAGAAGAAGAAGAAGAAGAAAAAGAUCAAGUCAAGGGGCAAGUAAGCGUGGAGUUCGAUAAAGUUGAUCAAGAAAAGCAACAAGAAGAGUUGGUGAGAAGAGAAUCCAAAGCAGUGGUUAGCAAUAAAACAAGCGCUUGUAAUGAUCUUGAUCAACCCAAAAUGAGGUGCAACAACGGCGAAGAGUACUACAUUAGCACUCCGAAAGCUUGUGAGAAGAGUAAUGAUCAGACAAAAGGGUGUAAUCUUGGGAGCUUUGGAUCAAUGAGGAAGGAGAAAGAGUGGAGGAGGACAUUGGCGUGCAAGCUUUUCGAGGAACGACAUAAUGUCGAUAUCGGAGGAAGUGAAGGUAUGGAUUUGCUUUGGGAGACAUACGACCAGACAGAUUCAAGUAAAGUUAAUCUAUCAAAAAGCGGCACCAAGAAAGAGAAGAGUAGCAGCAGGAGGAGCAGGAGCAGGAGCAGAAAGGAGUACAACAACGGCGGUGUUGCGGAAGAUGAUUUAAGUGAGGAAGAAGGUGAUGAAGAGGAGAGUGAUGAUGGGCAGCUGUGCUGUUUACAGGCUUUUAAGUUCUCAGCGGGGAAGAUGAAUCUGGGAAUGGGAAGACUGAAUCUCGUUAAGAUCUCAAAGACUUUCAGGGGAAUUGGAUGGUUACACCAUGUGAACAGGAAUGGGAAGAAAGGUUACCACUGAAUCAAAUCAUGAUUAAUCCUGGUUAAUCUUCUUUUUCUUUUUUGUUUUUUCAAUGUUUAAUGGGCAUAAAACAGAUU